AUAUACAAUCCAUGCUAUUUAUAAAGAUCAGAAGCAUGUAAUCUAAACAUUGCAUGUUAUGAUUGUUUCGUUAUCAGUUGUAUUCCUUGCUGCUUCUGUAAUAUUGGAUGAGUAUGAUUAUGAAUGUGAUGAUUAUGCAGUAGAUGAGGUGGAUUAUGAUAAUGAACAGAAGCUUCCUGAAAGCAAUUCAUUUCAGGAUUCCAACAUCUAUGUUGGAAACAAUCCAAAUGAAAUAGAAGGAAAUUCAGCUGAGGAUUCUUAUAUCUAUGAUGAAAACAUACCGACUGAAGUUGAUGGAGAUUCAUCUGGAUUACGUCUAGUUGGAGGUUCAAGGGCAAACACUUCCCAAUUGCCUUUUGUUGUCGGAUUUUCAUUAGCUGUAGGUGAAACAGACUUCACUUCUUGCACAGGGUCACUUAUUUCAAAAGACUGGAUAGUCAGUGCAGCCCAUUGUAUUUUAUUCUUGGUUGACACAAAGGACCUGAAGGCAUGUGUGGAGGAGACUGCAAAUGGGCAACCUUUCACAAACCCCAAAACGCAAGGAAAAGUAAAGUGUGUGAUUACAGAGGCAGAAGACAUACACAUAUAUCCAAUUGAACCUAAGGUUUUUGCAUAUAUUGGUAUAUCUAAUGUCAAUGAAGUGGCAGAUGUUUCUAAAGGAGAAAAGCUUCCAAUAGAAUAUGUUGUACGCCAUAAGAAUAGUUACAGAGGGGGUGGAAGCUAUGGUACAUUUGGAGGGUAUGAUAUCACUGUACUCAGAUUAGCUUCACCAACUAAUACAGAACCAGCCUGUCUUCCGUCUGGUGACUUCAUAGACUCAAGAUUAGGAACUGGCUUUGACAACAUUCAAAAUGUUAUGCUUGCAGGGUUUGGAAGGUAUUACAGGUCUCCUUGUAUGACAGAUGAUCUUGGUCCAUCUCUAAACCAUUACUGUGUUGAAGACUCUGAAUGUAAUACGGAUGUAAAUCCUCCUGUGACUGAAGAAUGCCAAAAGCUUUUCACUGAUAAUCCUGAAAUUGAAAAUGAGUUCAGCGACACAGAUUUGUAUAAAAUAACCAUAAGGGACUUGCAAUUUGAUUGUUUCCGCACAACAUCAUUUAAGGAAGAAUCAAAAGGAUGGUGCCCUGUCACAGAUGAUGCUUCGACCAUUGGAAGAAUACAAUCAACAGACUCUUGGGGGUUUUGUGGAAAAGAUUGUUUUCUAAGGGAAGGGGAAAAUAUUGAGCCUGACAGUUCAGUGUUAAGAAUUAAGGAGGGCAUUGACAUCCUUUCUAAUGAAAUGUGUAAUAAGUUCUUGUUAGCUUCUUUUUCAACUGUAAUUCCUAAACACCAGCCAGAGAUUUUGUGCAUUGGUUACUACAAAAAGAAAAGAAUUAGGACCUACCAACUCUUAGCUGAUGGAAAGGUUAGGAGAGGAAAAUUUGAAUAUUACCGUUAUGUUACAUCUGCUGGUACUUGCAAUGGGGAUUCAGGUGGUCCAGUUUUUAUAAGAGAUGAAAAAACUGGAAAAUUUGUAGUUCUAGGGGCUGUCAGCGGUGGAAGAGGUUUACUAUCAAAUUGUGGGGGAAUAAACAAUCCAACACAUUAUUCAAGAUUUAGUAAGCUGGUUGAUUGGAUAAUAUCUGCUGUUGGUGCAGACUCAGAAGACUUAUGCAUCAUUGGAAAUUCAUCACAAUCGUUAAAAAAUUAGUUAUAUUUGACAUGAAACCUUUUACUGCUCUUAAAUUCUAUUAUGUUUAUUUAAUAAAUCUACAUGAAUAUCAAACAA